AUGACUAAAACUAAACAAUUUGAAGCCAUUUUAGAAUUUUACCGACCAAAUUCCUCUCCUCUUAACCACAAAAUGUUUUCUCUGAGAAAAUUAGCCUAUUGUGCUUGCAACGAAUUAGAAAAGUUGGGUUACAACUAUAAAGGGACGACGGAAAUCGACGUGAGAAAUUGUUUUCUAAGAGUAUUUAAGUUUUUGAAGGACAAAGGAGAAGAUCUAACCAAUUUUACCACUAUCGACUUGGCUGCGGUUCAGCUGUCGAUUAUCGAAGAUGCUGCUGAGAAUGGUCAUGUGCAGUGCACGUCGAUCGUCGCAAGCCACGGGCACCCACAGUGGACGACACUCACUUGCUGUCUAGCAGCUAUCAACGGACAGCUCGAAUGCCUCCAGUAUGCACGCGAACUGGGAUGUCCGUGGGACGAGGAUGUUUGUAAUUCAGCCGCGUCCAACGACCAACUCGAUUGUCUCAUCUACGCACAUGAAAAUGGAUGUCGUUGGUCUACAAGAACUUGUAGGUUGGCCGCGGAAAACGGCCACCUCAGAAUUUUGCAGUAUUUGUUAAAUAACGGCUGCCCCUCUGACGAGUGUGCGUGCGCCGUCGCGGCGGAAAAAGGCAAUCUUCAUUGUCUAGUGUAUCUCCAUACAAAUGGAUGCGCUUGGAACGAACGGACAUGCCUUAAGGCUGCGAGCAAUGGCAAUUUAGAAUGCUUGCGAUACGCCAGAGAAAAUGGUUGUCCAUGGAACGAGGAUGUUUGCGAGGAAGCGGUGGCCAGAGACCACCUCGAGUGUCUCAUCUAUGCCUACGAUAAUGGAUGUCCUUGGUCUGAAAUAAUUUUGUGGAUGGCCGCGAGGAAUGGCCACAUCCGAAUACUGCAGUAUUUAUUAAAUAACGGCUGCCCUUCUAACCCGGAUGGGGCUGGGGAAUUCCCCAAGUUUGGAAUUUUUAUUUAA